AACCAGUCUCAAUUUAACUAAGAACUUGAUUAAAUGGAGAUAAUGCUGGUAACCAGGGCAAACACAAUGGAGAGCCAAAAAGUGCUUAUGCUCAUGAUGUACACUACUCUCUUUUGCUUCAUGGCCACUUUCUCUAGUCAACACACAGUUACUAUUACUCUAAAUCAGUCUCUCCAAUUUAAUGACACCCUCGUUUCUUUAGACGGAACCUUCGAAGCAGGAUUUUUCAACUUUGAAAAUUCAAGACAUCAAUAUUUUGGUAUAUGGUACAAGAGAAUAUCAGCUAGGACUGUUGUGUGGGUUGCCAACAGAGAUGUCCCAGUACAGAACUCAACAGCAGUUUUGAAACUUACUGAUCAGGGAAAUAUCGUUAUUCUUGAUGGCUCCAGAGGCAGAGUCUGGUCCUCUAACUUAUCAAGAAUUGCAGGGAAACCAGUUAUGCAGCUUUUGAAAACUGGAAACCUUGUUGUGAAAGAUGGAGAGGGCACUAAGAACAUCUUGUGGCAAAGCUUUGAUUAUCCUGGCAACACAUUCCUCCCUGGAAUGAAACUGAAAAGCAAUUUAGUUACUGGUCCAUAUAACUAUCUUACAUCUUGGAGAGACACUGAAGAUCCAGCUCAAGGAGAGUUUUCGUAUCGCAUCGACAUUCGUGGCAUGCCUCAACUGGUUACUGCAAAAGGAGCAACAAUUUGGUACAGGGCCGGGUCAUGGAAUGGCUAUCUUUUCACUGGAGUUUCUUGGCAGAGAAUGCAUAGAUUCUUGAAUUUCUCUUUUGAGUCCACUGACAAAGAAGUUUCUUAUGAAUAUGAAACAUGGAACAGUUCAAUACUCACUAGAACUGUGCUCAAUCCAAUGGGAAGUUCAGAGCGUUUUCUAUGGUCAGAUGAAACACAAAGUUGGCUCACUAUAGCCACCCGUCCUGUAGACGAGUGUGAAUAUUAUGCAGUUUGUGGUGUUAACUCUAAUUGCAACAUCAAUGAUUUUCCAAUAUGUAAGUGCCUCCAAGGUUUCAUACCAAAAUUUCAAGCAAAGUGGGAUUCGUCAGAUUGGUCUGGUGGGUGUGUCAGAAGAAUAAAAUUAAGUUGUCAUGGUGGAGAUGGGUUUGUGAAAUACUCAGGAAUGAAGUUGCCAGACACGUCUUCUUCGUGGUUUAACAAGAGCUUGAGCCUUGAGGAAUGUAAAACAUUGUGUUUGAGAAACUGCUCUUGUACUGCAUAUGCAAAUUUAGAUAUCAGAGAUGGUGGGAGUGGCUGCUUGCUUUGGUUUGAUAACAUUGUUGACAUGAGAAAUCACACAGACCGAGGACAAGAAAUUUAUAUACGACUUGACAUUUCUGAACUCUAUCAGAGAAGGAAUAAGAACAUGAACAGAAAGAAGCUUGCAGGGAUUCUAGCAGGACUUAUUGCAUUCGUUAUAGGACUAACAAUUCUUGUGUGGGCCACUUCCUCAUUUAUAAAAAGGAUGAAUCUAGGCAAGCCAGAAAUUAUAAAAAAGCUAAUUCACUGGAAGCACAUGAAAGAGACGGAAGAGAAUGACAUACAAACAAUAUUUGAUUUUUCAACCAUUGAUAUUGCCACAAAUCACUUUUCUGACAGAAACAAGUUAGGAGAAGGUGGAUUUGGACCGGUAUAUAAGGGAAUAUUGGAAGAUGGACAAGAGAUUGCAGUCAAGAGGCUUUCUAAAACUUCAAGACAAGGAACUGAGGAGUUUAAAAAUGAAGUAAAGUUGAUGGCAACUCUUCAGCACCGUAAUCUUGUAAAACUUCUUGGUUGUUCUAUUCAACAAGAUGAAAAGUUGUUGAUCUAUGAGUUCAUGCCCAACAGAAGCUUGGAUUACUUUAUUUUUGGUUUGAGAUUUCACGCCAUCAAAUUUAUUGCUUUAAGUUUGCUGUUGCCAUCUUGUAGUUUCCAUGCUAACGUUCAAACUGAUUUUUCAGAUACAAUGCGAGGUAAAUUACUAGAUUGGACUAGGUGCUUUCAAAUUAUAGAAGGAAUUGCUCGUGGACUUCUGUACCUUCAUCAAGAUUCUACACUAAGAAUCAUACAUAGAGAUCUAAAAACAAGCAAUAUUCUGCUUGAUAUCAAUAUGAUUCCAAAGAUAUCAGAUUUUGGUCUAGCUAGAACAUUUGGAGGAGAUCAAGCUGAGGCAAAUACAAAUAGAGUGAUGGGAACAUAUGGUUAUAUGCCUCCAGAAUAUGUAGUGCAUGGGUCUUUCUCAACCAAAUCUGAUGUUUUUAGUUAUGGUGUCAUCGUACUUGAGAUAAUUAGUGGGAGGAAGAAUCGUGGAUUUCGUGACCCUCACCAUAAUCAUCUUAACCUUCUAGGCCAUGUAUGGAGACUAUGGACUGAAGAAAGACCCCUGGAGUUAAUAGAUGACAUGUUAGAUAUUGAUACGACCAUAUCUUCAGAAAUAUUACGGCGUAUUCAUGUGGGUCUACUGUGUGUACAAGAGAAUCCAGAAAAUAGGCCUAACAUGUCAUCUGUGGUUUUGAUGUUAAAUGGUGGAACGUUACUCCCAAAACCAAGACAGCCUGGGUUCUACACUGGAAAAGAUAAUACAAUUGACACAGGAUCGUGUUCAAAGCACCGUGAAAGGUGUUCAGUAAAUGAAAUUUCAAUCUCAUUGUUAGAGGCACGAUAGAACAUCAUUGUUCCACUGGUGAUUCAUGAGUGAAACUUGUGUAUGGUUAUGUGUAUUUUAAAUUUUAAUUGUGAAAUUUUAAAAUAUAGAAAUUUAUUACUUUUUCUUCUUA